CAUGGAUGACGUACAGGGUUAGCGUACGCACGCCGGGAAUGGGAUUGCGUAAACAUGGCGGCCUACAUGUAAACCUUGAAUUCAUUUAGCUCCAUAAACUGUCUUUGUUUCUUCUUCCCGCUGUCAUUUCAAAACACUACAACAACAUGUUUCAUUUCGCACGCUGCAGUCGAUUGACACGCGGCAAUGUCACGUCAGAUCGACUUUUGAACUCCCAGAAAACAAGAGGUUUCACGAUCCACCACCUUUAUAGGCGUGGCCAGCAUACAGUACCAUGGAGCAGUUCACAAAUCCCAUCCACACAGAUCACUGUCAACACUCCUGCUCGCAUAUGGAGACAAGCUCAGAAAGUGCUCCGUCUGUCCUCCAGAAAGCAGCCCAGACCACCGAACAUCGCUCUGAAAUUCAUAUUAGGACCUGCUGCUUUGACAGUGGCCGCACGCUUGCUCGGUACUGUAGCUCAUUGUGAAGCAGACGUGAACAAUAACGUCCCGCAGAAAGAGGACAUUCCUGAAUUCAGCUGGGCCAUCCUGUGGGAGUUCGUUCGGCCCCAACUUCUAGCUCUCAUAGGAGCCAUUAUCCUUGCGUUUGGAGCAGCAGCUCUUAAUAUUCAGAUUCCUCUGAUGUUGGGGGAGCUGGUGAAUGUCGUCGCUCGCCACAUGAGAGAACAAGCAGGUGAUUACGUGAGAGAUAUUAAAGCGCCUGCACUGAAGCUGCUCGGACUGUAUGGUUUACAGGGUCUGUUGACCAGUGGCUACAUCAUUCUUCUGUCUCGAGUUGGAGAGAGAGUGGCAGCUGACAUGAGGACAACUCUCUUCACUUCUUUGCUUCGACAGGAUGUUGCAUUUUUUGACGCAAACAAGACCGGGCAGCUGGUUAAUCGGCUGACAUCAGACAUCCAGGAGUUUAAAUCUUCCUUCAAGCUGGUUAUAUCUCAGGGUUUGCGCAGUGCCACACAGACGGUGGGUUGUUUUGUGUCGCUGUAUGUCAUCUCUCCCAAACUCACGGGUCUCACUGUGGUCGUCCUGCCGUGUCUGGUGGGGGCUGGCGCUCUCAUCGGUUCUUUUCUCCGUAAACUAUCGCGCAAAGCACAGGAACAGGUUGCUAAAGCCACUGGAGUUGCUGACGAGGCUCUUGGUAACGUGCGGACAGUGAGAGCUUUUGCCAUGGAGGAUCGAGAACUAGAGAUGUAUGCUGCUGAAGUCCAGAAGUCAGCUGCGAUGAAUGAGACGCUGGGCACAGGAAUUGCCGUAUUUCAGGGCCUGUCUAAUAUUGUCCUGAACUGCAUUGUUCUAGGCACUAUUUUUGCUGGUGGGUCUUUGAUGGCUCGUGAUGACAUGUCGCCUGGUGAUCUAAUGUCAUUUUUGGUCGCCUCUCAAACAGUUCAGAGAUCUCUUGCCAGCAUUUCAAUUCUCUUUGGACAGAUGGUUCGAGGUAUGAGUGCAGGGGCUCGUGUGUUCGAGUACUUGGCUCUAGAGCCCACCGUUCCUCUCACCGGAGGAGGUCGUAUCCCUCUCAAGUCUCUGACGGGAAGAGUUGAAUUCAUGAACAUCAAUUUCAGUUACCCAACAAGACCUGGAAACCAGAUCCUUAAGAACUUCAACCUGACUCUACCUCCCUAUAAAACUGUUGCUAUUGUUGGCGAGUCAGGCGGAGGCAAAUCCACGGUGGCUGCCUUAUUGGAGCGGUUUUAUGAGCCCAGCAGUGGAGUGGUCAUGCUGGAUGGGCUGGACAUCAGAACACUGGACCCCUCCUGGUUAAGAGGUCAUGUCAUUGGGUUCAUUAGUCAGGAACCUGUUCUUUUCGGUACCUCUGUGAUGGAGAAUAUCAGGUUUGGAAAGCCCAGUGCCACAGACUCUGAGGUCAUGGCUGCGGCCAAACAAGCCAAUGCUCAUAAUUUCAUCACAGGAUUCCCAGAUGGAUACAACACCGUGGUUGGUGAACGUGGAGUGACUCUAUCUGGGGGCCAAAAGCAGCGAAUCGCGAUCGCUCGAGCCCUGAUCAAAAACCCCAGCGUCUUGAUCCUGGACGAGGCCACCAGUGCGUUAGACGCCGAGUCUGAGCGUGUGGUUCAGGAGGCCUUGGACAGAGCCACAACGGGACGCACCGUUCUGAUUAUCGCUCACCGUCUCAGCACCAUACAGGGAGCCGAUCUCAUCUGCGUCAUGAGCAAUGGACGUAUCGUUGAGGCUGGAACACACUUGGAUUUACUGAGCAAAGGAGGGAUGUAUGCUGAACUCAUAAAGAGACAACGAUCCGAUGGUCACAAAUAAAAUACUGUGCAUAUU